AUGACCGUACUAAUGGGCCUCCUCUCAAGAAUGUCCAACCUCUCCGCCCUCAAAGACUUCCUCUCCUUCCUCGCCACCGUCUCCGGAGACCUCUCCAACAUCACCGCCCCACCUUUCAUCCUGGCCUCGCAAUCCCUCACCGAGUUCCCCGCCUACUGGGCCGAGCGCCCCUCCCUCUUCGCCGCCAUCGCCAACACCACCUCCCCAGCAGAACGCAUGCUCCACGUCCUGCAAAUCUACCUUACAUCCCUCCAACGCCAGUACUACAUCGGCAAGCCCGUCUCUGAGGGGACCAAGAAGCCCCUGAACCCGUUCCUGGGGGAGCUCUUCCUCUGCGAAUGCCAAGACGGCGACAACAAAGUCGAAGUCAUUUGCGAGCAGGUCUCCCACCAUCCGCCGACGACGGCGUGCUUCAUCCAGGACAAGUCCAACGGCGUGCGUGCUGAGGCGUAUUCGACGCAGCACACUACUCUAUCGGGCACGUCUGUCGUGGUAAAGCAGUCCGGGCACGCGAUAUUGACAGUCGAUCGGCAUAACAAGGAGAGCUAUCUCUUCCCAUUCCCGGACGUCUACGCGAAAUCAAUCUUGACGGGAAGUCCGUACCCGGAGCUGUAUGGAACGUACACCAUCUUCUCCACAUCAGGCUAUACGGCCGAAGUGACGUUCGGUGGGAAGUCGAAGAACCCGUUCAGCAGCUCCUCUCGCAACGAAUUCGAAGCGGUCAUCUACAACUCCAAAUCCACAGACCCAUCCUCAAAGAAAUCGCCACUCUAUACCCUCAAGGGCAUCUGGAGCGACAGCUGGACCAUCACCAACCACGCCGACAACACAACGCAGACAUAUAACCUCUCCGACCCAGCCAAUAAGCCCGCACCCAUGACCCUCCCCCAACAAUCAUCACCAUGGCACUCCCGCCGCGCAUGGGCGGACGUCGCGUCGGCGCUCCAGAAAGGCGAUUUCUCGGCUGCACUGGAAGCCAAGUCAAAAUUAGAAAACGCGCAACGAGAGAUGCGGAAACGGGAGAAAGCGAGCGGCCAAACAUGGCAGUCGGCGUUCUUCCGAAAGGUAGAUGAACGGGAAGAAGGUGCGUUAAUGGGGCUAGUAGAUGCGAGCGGGCUCGACGAGAAGAGCAUCAUUGGCAAUGACGGGUGCUGGCGGUACGAUCCCGCGAGAGCAGAGAAAUUCAGGCGGGUGAAGUUGGGUGGCCAAGUUCGCCAUACGGAUGAGAUGGUGCCAGGGAGGAAUUGA